UGGAGUCACGUUCUCCACAGUUCCUGCAGUCUGCAUCUCAAAAGUCUGUCUACAGUGUCUCAGAAGACUUCAAAGUGGACCAUUUAGCUUUGUUGACUGACUUGGUUUACUCAGGCUUGGAUUUACCAGAAGGAGGAUUCUUUUAAACAUUGAGAAUGGUGUUUUAUUGUUUUAUGCUUAUUUGUUCCUCAAUCAGAUGAUUAAAGCAAGAACAGCAAUGAAGAGGAUCCAACCUUUCACUAUCGGGACCAAGUUAUCUGUCCCCUCCGAAAACAAAUGUCUGGAUUAUGUGAGCAUCAUGCUUCCUGUACCAGUUCUGGACUGCUGUGAACUAAGAAACGACUCAAACAAUGACAAUUCUCCUUUCCAUGAGGACAGAGUGUCCACAUCUACACCUGUGGAGGGACUUUCAAACUAUAUUAAAGAGGAAGAUGAAAGGGACUCUGUGUCCCCACCAGCUUCCUCCAGAUCCAUCAGGAAGAUCGCUAUGUGUGCAAAUGCUGAAAACCAGACUGUCACUGACUUUAAUGUGACAAACUGUGAGACAAACAAGCCAAGUACUUCUACUGAAAAGCUGUUUCUUAUUGAGGAAAGUGACAAGCCCGGUGCACAGCUGGAGACUGAUCCAUGCACUAAAGGAAGGAAGAUAAGGAAUCUUCAUUAUGAUUACAGCAUGCCAACUUUCCCACAUGAUCAACCGGAGGACACGUCUCACAGCCAAAGGAGAGACCUCAAAGACUUUGAGAACUCUCUCAUCCAACUGACGACGAGUCUGGACUUGAUGCAGGAGGAACCAAAAAGACCUCUUCAGAAGAAGACAGAUGCUGUAGAUUUAGGAUCGGAAAUGUUUAGAAGAAGACAAAGCCCGGGGGACCACGUUGACAAAUCGUGGCUGAAGUUGAGGUCACUCCUGAGGGACUAUCAUCAGGAUCUCAUGUUGGCUCUAGACGUCUCGUCGUUUUACCAACAAGCCGACAGCAUCAUUGGCGCCAUUAACAGCAAGAGGAACCAUGUAUUGGCGGGCGAAAUCCAAAAAAGCGACAAAGAGACCAGAGAAAUUGCCUGUCAGAUCAACAUGCUGAAUGAGUCUGCGUCUCGGCUGUCAACUCUCCACCCAACCCUGGCCAGAAGUGUUACAUGCAAACAGGCCGAGGUGAAGGAGAACUGGGCACUUCUCCAGUACUUUCUCCAGAACCAGAAGACAGAUGUUUCUUCAAAAUGCCUGUCAACGUUACCUGCUGAUCCUCUAACCACAUGCCCUGAGAGCUUUGCCAGAAAUGAGGGUCACAGCGUAAUGGGAAAAGACGUCAAAGAAGAGCAAAACCGUCUCCGAGGAUUUGAGUGCUCUCAAGGCCUGUGGACCCAUAGGAUGUGGAGUCCGGUUGAGGAAUGUUCUGUAGGCAGUCGGGACUCACUGUCGGAGAGCAGCUGUUCCAAGCUGGACAAUGUCUCUGAAAAACAGGACAGGAAGAGCUGUAUCGGCCAGAGGGCUCAAACAACCCCUGUUUCCUCUCAAGAAUGUCUCAGACCCAAGCUGUUGAAGGAGUCGACAACAUCCACUGGAAUGAAUGAAGAGCAUGACUGCUCAAAGCAAAGACAAGACCACAAAAUAGAGGAGCUCCUAAGCCAGGUGGAGGUCCUUUGGGAUGCUCUGCAGAAGAAAUAUGGAGAGAACAAUAAGACCGAACCAGCGGAAAAAGAACAAUCCGGAGAUAAAGCUGCACAGAUGGUGUCAGAUCUCACAGUUUCAAACCCUCUCCCGGAAAAUGUAGAGGAAUGCAGUUCAGGAAUGCUUGAAAAGUUCCUUGAACUGCUGGAUCACAGUGGUUGUCACAAAAUAAGUCAGGAUGUUCCUGGAUCUCUGCAAAGGCAAGAAAUAGACGAGGCUGCAGAAAUGUCACUAAAUCUAAUGAGUCAUCAAACUGAACAAGAAAGACCCCGGAAGCAGGACCAGAUCACUAAUGAUCUACAAAGCUCGCUAUCUACUCUAACAUUGCGGAUAAACCAGCACCUCUGCCGCUGUGCUGAGCUCAGUAUGGACCUCCUGGACAUAGAAACAGAUAUGGCUGUGCUUUGUGACCCUGACCUCAGCGGUCUGGAGGGGCUACAGGAGCAGCAGGAUGACCUAGAGGCUCAUUAUAAUAUAAUUGAGGGAGAGGUGAGAGAGAUGGAGAGACUAGCCAGUCAGCUACAAGUUCAUCCCCCAGAGCAGAGAGACACUCUCAGGGAAGAGGUUUUGGCGAUCCUGCAGGCUUGGGAGGAAGUAGGCCGCAACAUGGUUGAAAACAGAGGGCGCCUGGAGAAGUUCCACCAGAUUCAGGACUACUUCGAUAACUAUCUUGCCAUGAUUUCGUGGACGGAGAACACCAGAUCCUGUAUCCUUGCUGGCAGCUCUGCUUGGAGAGAGAGUGAAGUUGCAGAGAUUUAUCGCAGCAUUGAAACAAAGCUGGAUGAGUUUAGCAAACUGGCUGCAGCUGGUCAAAUGCUUAUGCAAGAUGAGAGUCAGUUUAAAGACAUUAUCAAGGAGAGAACAGAUGAGUUGCAAAGCAUGCUGGGAUGGAUCCAAGUGAACUGGCACGCUCAAAGAGAGCAGCUUAGAAGAAACCAGAAUGGGAGACCAGAAUCAACAAAUGAUCUUGUUCAACAGCAGGCUAUGCCUUUCAAAAAACCUUCUAACAGUCUGUGCAUUGUAAAUGAAGAGGUCAAAGGAAGUGCUAUUGAAACACAGCCCUCUCAAAACAACUUUGAGCAACUGAGUGGGAGGCAUGAUGUGUCCAGUGUUGUUAGUCAGGAGUCCUGCCUUUCAAAGACAUCCCUAGGCUCUAGCAUCUGUCUCAUUUUGAGCUUUGAUGAACAGUCUUCAGGCAUCAACCAAGUGACAAAGCAAUGGUCACCCAACAAUAAUGAAAUACUUGAAGAGUCAGCAAACAGCAUUCAGGCAGACAGACGUCAAUCACAAGACAAAAACUCAAUGCAAAUGCAAGAUCCAAAAGAAAUGCUUCAGGUGAGAUGGCCGAAUGAAUCAGUUAUGAGUAAAGAGACCAAACCCAAGUCAUCUUGUGUGAAUCUUGCACAGUUGCAAAUCAAAAACCAAGGAGAACCAGACCAGUCGCCAAACAAGGAGGAAAUAUCCAGCCAAUUGUCCACAUAUAACACUGAAUCAUCAAUUUGCAAUCACCUACCAGAGAAUCUGCAGUACAACAACAACCAAACAUAUCUGCAGCUAUCACCAGACAUUGAUCAAAUGCAAAAUCCAGAGCAUCAAGUGCAAAAACCUCAGUCACAAAGCUACAGUCAGAACUCGACGCAAAAAUCUGCACACAACAAUCUAGAAAUAAACCAAAACCAAAGUGACGACCACCUGCGGCAUGAAGUGGCAACUGAAGUCACUCAUAGAGUGUUCACGUAUUUGCACGUCUCGGAUAGUUACAGAUCCACAGGGCGAGCCUUGGAGGUUGUGUCCUCGACACAUGCAGCAGGGCAGGACGUGACAACCCCUGCAUCAGGUUCCUCCUCAGUUCAAUCGUCCUCCUUCCUUUGGCAAAAUGUCACACUUGAGAGAGGAACGGUUUACAAUCACAACAGAUUCAAGCCAAGUUCUUUGUUCAAGCUGAAAGAGCCAAUCAGGAGUAAGGUGGAAAACCAGCGAAGGAGCUCUCUGCUUGGCACUGUAGGAUCGGAAAGGUCUGGCAAACCUUCAAGCAUUUUCAGGCGAAGGUGUAACACUUGGCCAGAAGGAGAAAGGAGAGCGAAAGAAAGUCGAUCAAACUCCAAACUUCAGGUUUUUAUUAAAAAAAACAUGUUGCUGGUGAAUUCUGUCAUCGAUAACAAGUCCGACUAUUUUCCAGAAGACAAUUUGCCUAAUGCUGUCAAGACUUCAAGUGGACCAGUUAAAAACAUCUGCUCUUAUUUGUCUCUAGGAUCCACUCUUAGCUUCAAUCUUCCCAAGUGCUUUCACAACAGUGUCUUGGACAUGGAAAAUAAAGAGGAGAUUCAACCUGUCCAGACUUAUGAUGACUCAAACAACCAAACAUUACCCUCAGCUCGAUCGCCACAGUCAGAAAUGGAGGUAGAACCAGUGAUUCAUACUAAACAAACUGAAAUAAACCUUCAUACGUUUGAUGUGGAAGAUUUGGACAAUACAGAAGAACCAACCACUGAGGUUGAGACCCAACAGUUAAACCAAGUUUAUGAACGCACAGAACCUGUUAUGAGGGUUUUCACGUUGGUUGAAUAUGAAAAACCUGAUAAUGUUUCCUCCAGCCAUCACAAAGCCUCUUCUCCAGUGGUUAAUGGCUCCGCCUCGGUCACUCACUGCGGGCCUCUGUGUCCUUCUUCAUCAGGUGGUCACAAUUGCUUAAGUGUUUACACUAAACUUAAAGACCUGAAUGGCCACUUAUAUUACACAUCUAAACACAUGAAGAUAAACGCCUCAAAAAACUUGUUCCCAAAUAGCCCAGUCUCUCGUAAGAGUGGCCGCAUUAUAAACUGUGGUCUGAGAGACUGUGCAGUGUGUUUCAGUGAUACAGUGAAAGAGACAAGUGUAGACUGUGCAGAGAAACCUUACAUCAGCAUGGAGGAGCUUCUUAAGCCAGGCCACUGGCUAUUCCAGCAGGAGGAAGAGGAACUGGAAGAUAUCUGGAGAGGAAGAAUGGGUAUUCUCACUUCAAACUGUACUGUGGAAACAAAUACGGAUGAAGAAACAGGGCUAUCAAUCAAAACUAACAGGGGACAGGUAGCCCACCCACUCCAUGGAUGA